UAUUUUUAAAAACUCGUUGUCCAAAACAUUGAACAUGUGCAUUAGCAUUAAUGGGGUGUUUUGACCAAAAGAUGAUUCCUUUUCUCCUUCCAUCCCAUUUACAAACACUCAGCACAAUCUGUUCCAAAACUUUUGUUGCAAAAUCCCUGCCUAAGAAUAUCCACGUUACCAUUUUACAAUCACUUCUUUCUUUCGCUCUUUCUGCCUUUUUAUGCUUUACUUUCAUGUAGCUUAGCUUCACACCCAGCAGAAUAACCUCUUUCUCUUCGAUACUGAACCACAAAAUGUAUCCGAAGGUUAAGGAUAGAACACAAAGCCAAGAUGAUCAACGUGAUGCGCAUCACCAUAAUUGGAAUUCUUUGCUUUCUUUCAAGGAUAUCCAGUUUCUCUUGCUGCAGGAUUCUUGUUUUCCAGUGAAGGACUACCAAGAUGUUUCUCCGCCACCCAUUGCAAGAAUUCCCAAGUCUUAUGUAUCAAAAGUACUCCUGCCAACACUUAAAGAGUCUGCCUCUGAAGAACUAGACAAGAAAAGCAAUUCUGAUGAGGAGUACAGACCAAAUAUUAGAGCCAGUUCAGUCCCACGUCCCCGUGCUGUCUUAUCCAGCCCUGACAAUGAUGCAAUGAUUGGAAAUAAAAACAGAGUUAAAGCAGUGCGGCCUUCAGCUUUGAAGAAUCAUCAUUCUAUACAAAGUAGACAUGCAGAGUGUAAGGUUGCCCCAAGUCAAGCCGUUGAUGGAAGUCAUCUGAGCACAAGGAAGUCCAAAGACACUAUUGAUAAUAAUCUUGAAGGAAAGAAAACGCCAACUACUGCAAUAUCAAGCCAUAGAAGAAAUAUUACAAAUAAUAAACCGAGUUCUGCAAGAAUCUCACAGAUUUAUCAUACAAAUUAGGUCUGUAUCAAGUCAUUAGUAUAGAGACUUUUGUUUCCUUGGAAGUACCACAGGCUUUGUGACAAAUUACAGUUCUUCUAUACCAUCGAAAAUACAUGAAGAGCAAUAUUGGUGCAGCAUUAUCCUGUUUCAUCUUUCUCAA